AUGUCGUCGUUCCCUGCGUCCAAGUACUCGCGCUACAAGCGCGCCACCGCCUUCUUCCUGGACUGGCUGCUACGCGCGCGUGACCACGGACGUCACACAGGCAAGCGCGUGCAGCUGGAGACGCUCAGCGUCAUCGUGAAGGACAUUGCGGCGGAUCCGUCGAGUCUCACGUCCAAACUACUGGGAUGGAGGUGCCAGGCCCCGGUAGAGCCGUUCGAGAGCUACUACGACAUUCUACAGGUGGACGAGGACUACUUCCCUGACGAGGACACGGGCUUUGGGGCCUCUGGGGUCCCCAAGAGAGCCAAGGCGGACAGGAAGAGGCUGUUCGAGGAGGCGUUCGCUGAAGAUCUGAAGCUGGAGCUGGUGUGCUACUUCUUGGAGCUGGAGGAGCUGGUGGAGGGGGUGUUUGACGUCUACGACCAAGUGAAGAAGCAGCAACACACGCUGGUGGAGGCCACAGUGGCGAAAGUGGCCAUGAACACGGUUAGCUCAAUGACGGCGCAGUUGCAGCUGAAAUACCCAGCACUCAAGACGGCGGAAGAUGUAUUCACUCUACUCAGGGAGCAAAUCCUCGAGAGGGUUCAGAAGCGUGUUUCCAAUGCUGUCACUGCUGCGCGGCAGAAGUUUGAGGAGGGGACGCCUUUCACGCAUGUUCCAGGCAUGCUGCUGAUUGACUUCGAGAACGGCUCUUUGGGGGAAAGUUAUGGAGAAGACCGGACUCUUGAGUACGUGCUACCAGACCCCAGCUCUAGACUGGUCAUCCUGAUCGCGCAGCAGUUGCCGAUGUUGUACAACGCGUAUGUGGAUAGGGUGAACCACACUGGAUCUGGAUUUGAUCAGUUUGGAUUGGUGAGCUCAUUUAUGAAGCUCACGGAGGACUAUUUCAAGUCACGCAAGGCUUCAUUUUUGCGCAUCGCGCACGACCUGGUGGUGUCGACGACGGCCUUUCGUGCGUUUGGCCACGUGUACAAUGCGCUUGUGAACGAAGGAUAUCUCGAUCAUAUCACGUUUUUCGACGACGAAUUGAGGAUUUACGAGCACAUGAUAUUCACUCCUUCUCAAGCUACGGCGACGCCCGUUCUCUCUCGGGACAUGGUGACGCUCAACGACGACCUUGCUGAUGUACUCUGUGAAAUGUUCGACGUGUUGAGCGAAGGGUGCCUCGAUCUACUUCCUGAGGCGGUCCCUGGGGAGUCUCGGAAUGAUCGCCUCGAUCGCGCGUUGGAGAAUUUGAUGCCUGUCUUGGCACAGUUGGAUUCCUCGCAGCAAAAUGGUAGUACCAUGGACCCCAGUAUGAUUCCGGCGGAAGCUCGAAACGAGAAUAUGGGAAGCGAGCGUCUCCAUGAAGGAUGCAGACAGAUUUCAGCCAUAGUCAAAGCCAAAUUUGCGUCGUCAUCAGGCUUCUGCGAGGAUAAAUACUUGACUUACCCCAUCCAGGCGGACUUUGUCCGACAAGAGUAUGGGUCGGCGUCUUUGAAGGGGUAUACGGAGGCGGAAAACCAUGAGGAGGUGUUUCACGAGCUGAUGAACUUGCUGCAAACAAGCAAUGGUCCACUCCGUGAAAGAAAGUUGGAGCACCUGAAAGACGAAAUCAAGAAAGAUCCUGACCUGCUGGCCAUGGUGUCCCUCCGUAAAGAAUCGGACGAAAUUGACGUCAAUGCGGUUGAAUAUCCCGACGACGAUCUCUGUGCACUGUUCCACCAAGCCGCAGCCGGCCCUAGUCACGAUUUGCACCUCGUCGAGUGGAUGAUUCAAAUGGGGGCGCUAGGUCACGAUGACAUUGUGUGCACGAUUGUGGGUGCAGACAACAUGCUGGACCUGGACACGCCAACCUUUUACGGGCCGAUCUAUCUCUUCGCGAUAGCAACGGGAAGCGUGUAUGUGAUGUAA